CGUUUUAUUUGGGUGUAUCCAUAUAAAUGGCCCACCCUGUAUAUUAUGUUUAAGCAAUAGAACACGAGAGGGAGUGUGUUAUAUCACAAAAAAUAUCAUGGCUAUGAUUUGGUCGCCGUAUAUCAUCGCAGCCGUGAUAUUAUAUGUGAUAACAGUGUUCUAUUGCUUUUAGGCAAAAGAUAAAUAAAAAAAGUAAGAAAUUAAUAAAUUGGGCCGUGAACUUGUCAUUUAAUAUGUUUUAAUGUAUGAAGUUCCUUAACAAGCAGCUCAUUGCUACCUAAUGCUUCGUUCUCCUUACACAGACCAACUGAUAGUUUGGGAGUUUGGUGUAGUCUCAUCUUCAGGGUCUGACCAAAUCGGCUGUUGGUCAAAUGUGAUCUUAAAAGUAUCCAUUUUCCGUUUGUAGCAAUGUAAGAAGUAAAAAUGUUCAACUGGCUUGAGCGUCUUGUACAGCCAUCAAAGUUGUUGCGUAGCAACAGCGUCUUAGUGGAGUGAUACGGUGUUUGAGAAAAAAAAGUGACAUUAUGGCAAAACUUCAGCACGGUUAGAACGCCUCUCAACCAAUCAGCUUGCGUGGCUGGAACUAAUACAUAUAUUUUCUCUUCACGUCUUACACUGGGUCCUUAUUUGGGCUUUUAUUCCUCAUUACUUAUUACGACAUACAGAAAUUUGCAUAUUAGUUUCAUAUUAGUUACCAAAUAGCCUGUUAGUCUAAGGGUUUAAACAAUAUGUUUUCACAACGGGGCCUUAGCUCCCCUUGUCCAUUAUUCAAAGUCUUAACUUCACUCUAUGAUAUCUGAUACAUAUUUAUAUCAUUUGGGACCAUUUCAACCAUCUCGAGGGACGCAGUGCUCUGACGGUAAAGCCAUAAUGGGUCAUAUGAUUGUGAUCAUGAUCAUUUGCACUCUUUAUUUUAUAGGUCAACUGGUUCUUGAGAGCAUAAUUUGUGAGUCAGAUCAGCAGAUACUGGACAUCUGUUUUGCAGGGGGAGCUGCGCUACUCCAUGUAUGACUUGAUUAGCUUUGCAUUAUAGAGAAGAUCACUGCAAUCAAACCAUUAUGCUGGAGCGGUCAGGAGACAAGGCCCUGUCCCAAAAGGAUGUAAUUUGAUUCUAGAUUGGGGCAGUAAAGCACUUUACUACCUGUUGAGAAUGCCUUUUUUUAAGAUACACAUCCUGUCAUUAGAGAUAACUGGCACUAAAAAGGGACUCCACUUCAGGGUGGAGUUUGAAGAAGAGGUACAUAUAUAAGAAGCACACCUUAGAGCAUCUUUCAGACACCAACCUCCAGCCUUGACGACGACAAGGGAGAGACACAAGAAUAAGACAGAGAGCAACGAGGGAAAAGGGAGGGAAGUGUUUGAGCAACUAUGAAAGCACUGCGUUCUACGCUGCCUCUGUUGGCCUUGAUGCUGCUGUGGGCUGUUUGUAGUGUGUCGCAGGUGCAGGCAGAGGUCAAAACGGUCAAGCUGUGUGGCCGUGAGUUCAUCCGAGCUGUGGUCUAUACCUGCGGAGGGUCCAGGUGGAGGAGGCUGCUCACUCCACAGAACAUGGAAGGGAUUUUGAAUGGAGAACAGAACAGCGUUGAGGACCUAAGUGAGAGCGAAUCAUUAGACCUGUCGACACGAGAUAUAAACCACCUGAUGACCAACAUGUGCUGUCAGGUGGGCUGCCAAAAGAGAGACCUCACCUACCUGUGCUGAGGAGCGGACACACACCCUCACACUUUCAGCGGUGUGUAAGGGAUCCUAAGGCCAUUACUAAAGAUCACCUCGCUCUUCAACUCAUGGCAUGGAGUAACCAAAACCAUGUUGUUCAAAUAUAUGUUCAAUAUUAUACAAAGGGUUUGUGGAGAAAAAGAGAUUUCAUGCCAACUAUUUUAUUUAAAAAAAAAAUGAUUAUAAGUUCAGUCUUGAAUUAUAUAUUUUGCAGGUUUUGUCUAAUAAAUUUUGCUGCAUAAUCAUGGACAUA